AUGUCCUUAGGCCCUUGGCCGUCGCAGCCUUCUCGCUUGGCACGAGCAGUGCACUACAAGCACGGAUCGUGUGUCGGGAGAACGAAGGCGGCGGUUCCGCGAGCUCCUCUCGCUCCUCGCGGCGGUUCCGCGUCGCCCUUGGCGGCGGCCGAGGCCUUUGGUGCGAGGAGAAGCGAAAGGUGGCCAUUGGAAUUGACUUGGGCACCACCUUCUCGUGUGUGGGCAUUUGGAAGGAUGAUGGCGUUCAAAUCAUUGAGAAUGCCGAGGGCAAGCGGACCACGCCCUCCUUCGUGGCCUUCACCGAGGCGGAACGCCUCACCGGUGAUGCGGCGAAAAGCCAAGCGGCGCGGAAUCCGCAGAACACGCGCGGGUGCCUGGCUGAUCGGCCGCAAGUUCCAGGACGCCCCGGUGCAAGCGGACAUGAAACAUUGGCCUUUUAAGGUCGUCCGAGGAAAAGAUGACAAACCACUCAUCGAGGUGACGUAUCAGGGGAAGCGAAAACAGUUUCAUCCUGAAGAGAUCUCAGCCUUCGUUCUUCAAAAGAUGAAGGAGACGGCUGAGGCCCAUUUGGGGCACCCCAUCACCGACGCGGUGAUCACCGUGCCGGCAUACUUCAACGACUCGCAAAGGCAGGCAACGAAAGAUGCUGGUGCCAUUUGUGGUCUCAACGUGCUCAGGAUCAUCAACGAGCCCACGGCCGCUGCACUGGCCUACGGCUUGGAUUCGAAAGUCCGGGGAGCGCAGCAUGUGCUGGUGUACGACAUGGGCGGUGGAACCUUUGAUGUGUCGCUCCUGGAAAUCGAGGAUGGAGUCUUCGAAGUCAAAGCCACAGCAGGUGAUACGCACUUGGGUGGUGAGGACUUUAGCAACCGCAUCUUAGAGCAUUGCAUCAAGGCAGCUGAUGCGUCGAUUCGGUGCAGGAUGUCCGCUCGAACCACAGAGCGCUACGGCGGCUGCAGGCGGAGUGUGAUGCCGUGA